AUAAUUGCUCAUAUGUAUUCAAUCUAUCAUACUAUUUUAUCUUCGUCCCUUUUUCAAUCCUAAUUUUUCUCUAUUCCAAACCAUUUUCAUUUAACCCACAGAUCGCCACUGAAGCAACUGGUGGCUUUUGGAAUGAGUCGACUUCGUCGGCGCGUAAUUACCAACCACUUAGAAAUGUUUCCGAUGCCUGCCUACUCGAUAUGGAAAACAGGGCCGCGGUCGGUGGGUCCAAUCGCUUACCACGAUCUUCUGCUAGUGGGUCUGACUUAUUUUCAGGCAGUUCCGCUGAUUUAGAGCGGUGGCUCGAUAGUUCUAAUCAGAAGACACACACGGAGGAAUUCUUUCAGUCCAAGGUGCGAGAGAACCUGACUCGACCCGAUAACAUUCCACCCAGCGAGGGCGGCAAGUACAUGGGCUUCGGAAGCAAACCGAUCGCCGACUUCAGGGAUCAGGACGUAUCUACUUAUGACUCUGCUGUCAAGGCUCUAAGCUCUAGCUUCUCUGUGAUGAGUAGGCUAGCCUCGGUGGCUGCCAAGAAGACUGGUGAGCUGGCCUCUUCGGCUAGCCAGAAGACUCGGCAGAUUAGCUCUUCUGUUCACGAAAAGGUGGGACCAGCGAUUCUUCAACAUAGACAUUUACUUUAA